ACUCUUUCUUUAAUUUCUUUCUAGAGAUUCACGUCUAGACCUAAUCUUCUUCUUCUUCCCAUUCUUUUACAGUUCUUCAGAUCUUCAAACAACAUUCUUUCAAAGUCUAAUCUUCACGCCUCAAUCUCCGUCCAACCGCCGUUCAGCUUCCCAGUACCAUUCAUUUUGAUCUAUUUACGAUUUGUUUGAUCAAUAAUUCAUCAUCAGCAAACAAUCUGUUGAAUUUGAUGAAUGGUGCUGGUAUAAGAGCUGCUUUGUCAUAUUGUGUACAACAAGUACGAACCUAUGAUUACCAUCACUAUCUCUGCCUUCUUGAACUUCCCCCAACCUUGCGAAAGGCUGCAUUCGCCCUUCGUUCAUUCAACAUUGAAACAGCUAGAGCCAUGGACGUUUCUUCCGAUCCUAGAACAGGACUCAUGCGUCUUCUAUGGUGGGAAGAAGCUAUAGACAAGAUAUUUGCUAACAAGUUGAUCGAACACCCAACCGCUCAAGCUCUAUCGUCGGUGAUUGCAGAUCAAAAGGUCAGUAAACUUUGGCUUAAACGAUCUAUUGAAGCUCGACUCAACGAUGCAAAGAGAGAACAACACACUGAUAAUCCUCAGACCAUUGAUGAAUUGGAGAAAUAUGCUGAGAACACUGCUUCUACAAUCUUAUACAUGACUCUUCAAGCUGGUGGGAUCAAAUCUACUGUAGCUGAUCAUGCUGCAUCUCAUGUAGGUAAGGCCAGCGGUCUACUUUUGCUGAUUAAAUCACUCCCAUAUCACGCGAAUCGCGAUCGUCAUUUCGCUUACAUACCAUUGGAUGUGGCGGCCAAACAUAACUUGAUAGUGAACCGUGAGGAUGGUCAAUCGGGGAUUAGUCUUGAUUCUCGGGAGGGGCUUUGUAAUGCGGUUUUUGAUAUUGCAUCUGUCGCGAAUGCACAUCUGCUAAAGGCUCGUGAACUGGCUGAAACUGUACCUGUUGAAGCUCGUAAGGUUCUUUUGCCUGCGGUUCCUGCCCAGGUUCUUUUAGAUUCUUUGAAUCGAGUGAAUUUCGAUGUGUUUGAUCCCAGAUUGGCACAGGGGAUUUUGGGUAUUCCUCCAUUGUGGUAUCAAUUGAAAAUAAAGUGGCAUUCUUGGAAGGGGAAGUAUUGAUUCAAUAAUUUUGUUUUGUUCUGUAUCUGAAUUUUGCCCAGUUUCACAAUAAUACGAGUUGUUUUGAUUUUUUUUGUCAAAAAACAAUCUCAUCUCAAGUGUAUACUUAUUUAUUACCCUUCAUUUUCUUGACAUUAAUAAAUUAUGAAAUUUUGGUCAA